UCCUCCUGGUGGAGGUGGGCGCGCUUGCGUGCUGCGGAGAAAAAGUCUCUAGGUUCUCGCGCGCUAAUUAGUCGCAUGGAUGUGUAGCUAUUGAAGGAGUUUUCUUGUUCCGUUUACCAAAGCAUCUUCCCUUUGGUUAUAUAAGUGCAGGCCUAGGGUGGUGACUGUCAUGUCGAACACUCGGCCCAGGCCCCGACGAGCCGCCGGGAAUGCCGCUGGGGGAGCCGGGCGGGAUGAGCUGGUGUCCCGGUCCUUGCAGAGCGCGGAGCACUGCGUGCGCGCCCAGGACUUCGGCACUGCCUACGCCCACUACCUCCUGGUGCUCAGCCUGGCGCCGGAGCUGAAAGAUGACGUGAAGGAAACUUUUCAGUAUACACUCUUCAGAUGGGCUGAAGAGCUUGAUGCGCUCGGUAGAACACAAGACUUACUUGGUUGCUAUGAGCAAGCCCUGGAACUGUUUCCUGAGGAUGAAGUGAUUUGCAAUAGUAUGGGGGAGCAUCUCUUCAGGAUGGGCUUUAGAGAUGAAGCAGCUGGGUAUUUCCAUAAAGCAGUGAAGCUAAACCCAGAUUUCAGUGACGCAAAGGAGAAUUUUUACCGCGUUGCAAAUUGGUUGGUGGAACGCUGGCACUUUAUCAUGCUUAAUGACACCACAAGGAAUACGAUCUAUAAUGCAGCAAUCCAAAAGGCAGUUCGUGUGGGAUCCAGAAGCGUUUUGGACAUUGGAGCAGGAACUGGAAUACUAAGCAUGUUUGCUAAAAGAGCUGGCGCGCACUCAGUGUAUGCCUGUGAGUUGUCGCAGACCAUGUAUGAACUUGCCUGUGACGUGGUGGCAGCAAACAAGAUGGAAGCGGGGAUCAAACUCUUGCAUAUGAAGUCACUUGACAUAGAAAUUCCAAAACACAUUCCCGAAAGAGUGUCCCUAGUUGUAACAGAAACUGUCGAUGCAGGUUUAUUUGGAGAAGGAAUUGUGGAGAGUUUGAUUCAUGCGUGGGAGCAUUUACUUUUGCAGCCAAAGGCCACAGGUGAAAAUGGCAAUUGUGAAAAUUAUGGGAAAGUUAUACCAGCAAGUGCUGUUAUGUUUGGCAUGGCAGUAGAAUGUGCAGAGAUAAGAAGACAUCAUAGGGUGGGUGUUAAGGACAUUGCUGGGAUCUGUUUGCCAACAAAUAUCAAAUUUCAGAGUCCAGCUUAUUCUUCUAUAGAUUCUGAAGAAACAGUUGAACCUUAUACAACUGAAAAGAUGAGUCGAGUUCCUGGAGGGUAUUUGGCUUUGACAGAGUGCUUUGAAAUUAUGACAGUAGAUUUCAACAAUCUUCAGGAAUUAAAAAGUCUAGCUACCAGAAAGCCUGAUAAGAUUGGUGUUCCUGUUACUAAAGAAGGCACCCUGGAUGCCGUCGUGGCCUGGUUCGUGCUCCAGCUCGAUGACGAGCACAGCUUGUGCACCAGCCCGAGUGCCGAGACGUGUUGGGAGCAGGCCGUCUACCCUGCCCACGGCCUCGCAGACUACUAUGUUAAACCCGGGGACCAUGUGACGAUGGAAGUGUCUUGUCAAGACUGUUACUUAAGAAUCCAGGGUAUCCGUGUCUUCAGUUCGGAACGUGAUAUGGAUGUCGGAAAAAGUUUUACCAGGAACAAAGACUUGCUCUCUUUAGGAAAUGAGGCUGAACUCUGCAGUGCCCUGGCGAACCUGCAGACCAGUAAGCCAGACUCUGUGGAGCAGGCAUGUGUAUUGGAAUCCACAGAAAUUGCUUUGCUUAAUAACAUUCCAUAUCAUGAAGCCUUUAAAAUGGCAAUGAGCAAAGUGUUGUCCUCACUGACCCCAGAGAAGCUGGGUCAGGCCAUGGACACUCACAGCCAGGACGGUGAGAUGAGCUGCGCAGGUGGCCAGAAUCAGGCCGAACCGCAUGCUUCUGAACCUUUCUAUGUGUUGGAUGUGUCCGAAGGCUUCUCUGUCCUGCCCAUAAUUGCAGGCACCCUUGGGCAGGUUAAACCUUACAGUUCUGUGGAGAAAGACCAGCAUCGCGUUGCUCUGGACCUCAUAUCUGAAGCCAAUCACUUUCCUAAAGAAACACUCGAGUUUUGGUUGAGACAUGUGGAAGAUGAAUCUGCUGUGUUGCAAAGGCCAAAAUCAGACAAGUUGUGGAGUAUAAUUAUAUUGGAUGUCAUUGAGCCAUCUGGGCUCAUUCAGCAGGAAAUAAUGGAAAAAGCUGCAAUAUCUAGGUGUUUGCUCCAAUCUGGAGGCAAGAUCUUUCCUCAGUAUGUGCUGAUGUUUGGGUUGCUUGUGGAGUCCCAGACAUUGGUAGAAGAGAAUGCUGUUCAAGGGACAUCACGAACUCUUGGGUUAAAUAUAGCACCUUUUAUUAACCAGUUUCGGGUACCUAUACGUGCAUUUUUGGACCUGGCCUCAUUGCCCUGUAUACCUUUGAGCAAGCCAGUGGAGCUCCUAAGACUGGAUUUAAUGACUCCCUAUCUGAACACCUCUAACAGACAAGUAAAGGUACACAUUUGUAAAUCUGGUCAAGUGACUGCCAUUCCAUUUUGGUAUCAGAUGCACCUUGAUGACGACAUUAGAUUGGAUACCUCCAGUGAAGCCUCCCACUGGAAACAAGCUGCGGUUGUUUUAGAGAAUCCCAUCCAGGUGGCUGUGGGAGAGGAGCUCGUGCUCGAAGUCCAGCACCACAAAAGCAAUGUCAGCAUCACAGUGAAGCGCUGACGGGCAGUUUUCUGAUGAAAAACUGUGUAAGUAGAGCAAGUACACAGUUUUUCUGGUGUGAGUAGUGCAGCUGUGAUCGAGUUAGGGGGAUGCGGUAAAGACUUAAUUCCUUGUAUUGGUCAAAUAUUUUUAAAAACUGACCUUAAUAAAGUGUAUUUAAAAGAUACUAAA